CCCUCGCAGAUUAAUCAACCAGUAGAACUGUGACCAAAACAAACUCGGAGGGAUAACAUAUCUGGCUUUGACGUCUGACUUUCAAACUGAUAUUUUCCAAACGCCGAUGCGAUUAAACAAGAGGUGCGAGGAGAAGUAAUUCAUUGGGUGUCUAAAAGAAGCAACGGGGCUUGUCAUGGUAGUUUGUGCUAGCUGCUAGCUAGAAUGCUGACGUUACCGAGAGAUAACGUCAAUCGGAGCCGUUAGCUUAACGGUAACGUUGCUAUGCCGGACGACCCGACAGCGGCCGCUUGGACUAGAAGCUGUUGCCUCAGUUGCCUUAACAAGCAGCCCCGCGAUUUGAAACGGGCUCACCAGCUAGUCAGGUAGCGUGAGCUGGUCCCGCUCAACCAAGAAAGACCGUGAUAACUCACUUUCCCGUGUUGCCUUUUGCUGCCCCGGACUAACGCCUCCAGCAUGGGGAUGUGCUUGUCGUGCCUUGGUGGGGCAGCGGACGACGUGGUCGUCACUCCGGAUCCAGAGAUGAGGAGACGACAGUUAGCUGAGGCCGCUGAGAAGAGACAAAAAGAAACAACAUACAGGGGUGUUAAAAAUCCAGAUGCUGUCGAGAGGAAAAAGAAAAAACAGGAAGAGAUUGAAAAACAGGAGAUGAACACCUCGGUGUCUGGUGGUGGCGGCGGCGGGUUGAAGUGGCAGGUGGGCUGAAAAUCAAGAUGGUAACGGCUAAAGUCUUGACUCAACAUGAAGUAUUGCAGUAAGAUGACUUGAAAGAUGUUUAAAUUGCUAUCCAGUUUUCUAAUUAUUUUUUUGGGCCUAAUUUAUGAUAUGAGACAAACAGCUACAGUUUGUAUGCAAAACAAUCUGAAGUGAUUACAGAAAGAACAGCAGGACUUGCCCCAUCUUUGCCAAUUAUACAAGUCGUUUGGACCUUUUGGACAAGUCGGGGAUGAAACCGAAUAUUUGGAAGCAAGUACAGAUCCUACUGUGUGUUUCAUUUGAACAUUGAUUAGACAGUCUUACAAUAUUAUUAUUCUCAUCUGGAGACACUUAUAAGACUUAUAAGACACUUGUAAGAUGAAGCUUUUCAGAUUUUUCACUACACUGCUUUUUGGUUUUCAUUGUUGAGGAUGUGUAAAUUCACCCUGGCCACAUUACUUUUUAUCAGUUAUGCAAAUGACACAUUUCACAAGUGAAACACAGUUUAUGUUUACAAAAAUGUAGGUGUGCUUAUGCUGUGAUUAGUAUACACUAACACUCAUUUCACUUUUAUUUUCCAUUUGUUGGCAACACAAAGACUUGUGCAAACGGUGCUAUAACUUGCAGGUAUUUAUUGAACUUGUAAUGCACUUUGCUAGUUCCUGAUGUGUCCUUCGUUGUAUAUUGUGAUGAGAAUAUGUUUGUACUCGGUGCAACGUCAUUUAAUCACUAAUCUGGUGAGUCGGUCAGGAAGUACAAUCUACAUACUUGACAAAAUAUGCAGUAGCAAUAGAAUACUGCAGAAUAAUAUAAAACGACACAAAGACAUUCUCCAACCAGUAGAAAGGAAAAGGAGCUGCACUAGGAGACGCCGUUAUUGACCUUGUGCACACGGCGUGUUGCUCUGUGCACUCGUCUUUGUCAUUACUUCUUUUAAUAGAGCCCUCUUUUGGUUUUUCUCUGCACAAUUUGAGUUUGUUGCAUUUGAAUUGUGAUGUUUGCAGAACAUUCAUGUGAUGCCUGCUUAAUUAUAUUGAAAUGAAAUGUGUUUGUGUUGCCAUAUUUCAAAAGUAAGCUUUGUUAAACAUCUAUUUCCACACACAGCUUGUCUCCAUUUGGUGAACAGAAAACAUGCUUGCUCUUAUGUUGGGAGAGAUUCAUGUCACCUGUAAUGGAAACUGAAGGAGAAAAGUGAAGUGUAUACAAUAUGUAGUGAAGUAUUUACUAAGUGCAUUUCUUUCAGCCUUCACUUGAUCCUAAAAUGCCUCCGGUGCUUACGCCUUUUUGUAGAACAGGAAAUCUAACCAAUGUCAUUUGCUACAAUAAAUCACAUUUCUGCUA